AUGAAGGUCAUUCUAAAUGCCUUGGAAGUAGGUGAGAUAGUUUCAGGUGAAUGGACGAAACCAAGUCUACCUAUAAAAAAGUCGGCAACAGAGUCCGACGAGGAUGCCAAAGCACGUUGGCAAAGGCAUACAAACGCUUGGCAAAAAGCGGACGGUAAAUGUCAGAAAAUAAUAGUUACCUCAGUGGACGAUGGUCCAUUACAAUAUUUGAUUAACUGUGAGACUGCAUUGGAAAUGUGGGAGAAACUGCUGAGUAUUUACGAGCAGAAGUCUGAGGCAAGGUUACAUUUGCUUCAACAACAAUUUUUCAGUUAUUCAAAGGAGUCGACAGAUGACAUGUCGACGCAUAUUUCUAAAUUGGUCAAUUUAGGAAGGAAACUGAGAGUAGCGGGUGAACCAGUUACGGAUAACAUGGUUAUGACAAAAAUACUAAUGACAUUACCAAAAGAAUAUAAUCAUUUUUACAGUGCUUGGGAUUCAGUCCCAACGGGAAGUAAAAAUAUAAAUAAUUUGACUAGUCGAUUGUUGAUUGAAGAAUCACGGGUUAUCCAGAUCAAAGGUGAAGUUGGAGAACAAGAGAAAUCGAGUGCAUUUCCGGCCAAAUUUCAAAACAGAUCUGAUGGAAGAAACGGCAGUCGUAAUUAUGGAAAAGGUAAAAAUCAAUUUACUAAUAAAAGUAAUAUUAAGUGUUAUUACUGUGGUAAACUAGGUCAUUAUAAAAAAGACUGUAGAAAUGUUCUACAAAGUGUACACGGUGGUAAAACCGGUACAAUAGGUGCGAACUUGAACGCAUUCGUAAGCGAGUCAAGAAUAAAUAAUAUUGCAACAGAUGCGUGGGUACUAGACUCGGGCGCUUCGGAUCAUAUGAGCGCGAAUCGAGAGUGGUUUUCAAGUUAUGAACUACUGGACAACACGCAACAAAUCACGAUAGGUGAAGGGACGAAUCUGUAUGCAGCAGGUAGAGGUAAUAUUAAUAUAUUAUCAUACGUAAACGGUAAUUGGAAUAAAAAUUACAUGGCAAACGACAAACGUGUUGCACGUGCCAGGACUAAAAUUUAA